UGCCCAGCGUGGGCGGCCGGGCCGGGCUGCGCGGAGGCUGCGGGCGGUGCCGCCAGUGAGGCUGCGCUGCGCUGCGGGGCCGGAUGGCCGAGCCGCCCGCCCCGCGCACUCGGGCGGCGGCCGGCAGCGGGCGAGGACACCGGGCGAGCCCUCCCUGCCGGGAGAGCCGGCCCUGCGGCACACGGCAGCGCCAUGGUCUCAUGGAUCAUCUCCAGGCUCGUGGUGCUUAUAUUUGGCACACUUUACCCGGCAUAUUAUUCUUACAAAGCCGUGAAAUCAAAGGACAUCAAAGAAUAUGUCAAAUGGAUGAUGUACUGGAUCAUAUUCGCGCUCUUCACGACAGCAGAGACAUUCACGGAUAUCUUUCUUUGCUGGUUUCCAUUCUACUAUGAACUCAAAAUAGCUUUUGUAGCUUGGCUGCUGUCUCCAUACACAAAAGGCUCCAGCCUCCUGUACAGGAAAUUUGUUCAUCCAACCCUGUCUUCAAAAGAAAAGGAGAUCGAUGACUGCCUGAUCCAGGCGAAGGACCGGAGCUACGAUGCCCUUGUGCACUUUGGGAAGCGGGGGCUGAACGUUGCAGCCACAGCAGCUGUCAUGGCAGCUUCAAAGGUCUCUCAGCUACUCCAUUUACACUUGUAUUGGGACCAGAAAAAAGGGCAGGGACAGGGAGCCCUGUCUGAGAGACUACGGAGCUUCAGCAUGCAGGACCUGUCGAGCAUUCGCGGAGACAGCAGCAGCACCGUUCCUCCCUCGGUCACUGUACGAACAGGUAGCAAACAGAGCCACCCAAAACCAUCCAGAAGUGCAUCAGAAGGCACUGGCAGCUCAGUGUGCACGUGUUGCUCGGUAUGCCGACUCCUCAGAGUGACAGAUGAAAGGAGUGGGAGAACUCCAAUUUGGGCAUGCCAGAGGAUGGGACUGCCAAGCAGCUUGUCUGGGGAGAAAAAAGAAAUACAGACUGGCAGUGUCUCAUGUUGGUGGAAGCAAAAAAACCUUUGUAACUCCUUUUCUUUUCAUCUCAUGUGCUUUUUAUGUAUUUUGCACACUAAUCAACCUGGAGACAGCAGCAGAAAGGCUGAAGGAUCACAGUACUGCCACCGUGCUGCAGUGACCUGUGCCUUCCCACAGCCCUGCACCUGGUGCCAGAGCCCUGUGCAGUGCUGGAGCCUGAUGGUUCCAGCCUGGCACAGCCUCCCUGCACCCAGCAUGGGUGGCAAACCCACCCUCAUAUUUGAUUUGUUGCCCUUCCUUUUCUGGGUGAGCGUGCUAUUGUGCAGCACAAGGAAGCAUGCUUAAGGUGGUAUCUGUUGAAACACUUGUAUUCACAGGGCAUUUUAUUAGAACUCUUCUAAUUUUAGCCUAAACCUGUUUUAUGGAUUUGACUUCAAAGUGUUAUUUAUUAAAAGAAUCACUGAAUCCUUAUGGGCUUAACAGUCAUGAGGUAAUCUUAGCAAGUCUUUUAAUGAUGCUAAAGCAGCAAUCAGUCCAAUAUGUUUAUGAAUUAAACCCAGAGUAAUUUAGAUCUUGUUGAAAUUGCAUCCCCUGUCUUUCACAUUGGCUUGUUUUACUAUUCCUGCCCCCUUCCAGCAUAAUCCAGUCCCUUAGACCAUGUCAAUAGGGAUGUGCCAAGGCUCUAUGUCAUAGAGGGUUCAUUCUGUCUCCACAGGCUGCCCUUUCUCUGUCUCCAAGGCAAUAGAUGCAUUAAUGCACUCUCAGACAGUGGCCUACCAUUAAAAUGCUCCUUUGUAAGUGCAUCUUUGGUAGCUUGGAGAGCUGGCUACGUCAUGUGAAGAUUUUUCUGGGCCACAAAAAGCUGGGGGAAAAAAGAAUCUAAUUUUGUUUAGCUAGGACUAAGUUGCCUUGAGCUACUGGCACUUAUCUUCUCUUGGUGCAAACUUUAGUGUAGCCAAGUUUCAGAGUCCCAUCAUUAACAGUUCUCAUUUCCAAAGAGUUUAUAAUCUAAAUGGGCAGAUAGUCAAGUCUUUCCUCAAGCAGGGAUAUUAAAAGCUGCUUUAGUGCACUCUUUUUGGCAGAAGCAGUUGCAUUAAUGCUCUUGCAGGUAAAACUCAAUUAUUUCACUCUCUGACUCACAGAAACCUCCUCAGCUCUUAGGAGAGCUGAUGGAACAGAAGUCCAAGCAUUCUGCUCUCUAGAUGAUACCCUGAGAGAAGGUGUGAGGAGGAUGAGGCCUGCAGAUGCCAUGGAGUGUGCAUUUCUGCAGUCUGAAGGCCAGGCUGAGCCCCCUGAGCUGGAGCUGUCCCUGUCAGCACUGGUGAUGGGCUGGGUGCUGAUGGGCUCCUCUGGAGCAGGACUGUCCCUGUCAGCACUGGUGGAAUUCUCUGUGCUGAAGCUGUUGGCUCCACAGGAGAGCCCUUUCCUGCCCCGUUGGAUCACUCCCACUGGCCUCACAGCCUGCACAUGACAGAGCAUUGAUGCCAUUCAGGACAUUCAUCCUCCUCUGCUCUGGGCAGCUUCACUAAAACACAAGCCUGUUUGACAGAUGUACUCCAGCACUUCUUUUUGACAGCUCCUAUGCCAGCUCCUCUUGCUUUUUUGUUCCUGGCCAGGCCUUUGCUGGUGGAACUCCUUCCAGGUUUUAACCCGAGUUUCUGAUUUAUCUCCUUUGUGUUGUGUGGAAAGUCAGGCUGCAGCAUUCAAGAGCAAUGGUACAAUUAUGUAAGAGCUCUUUUUCCCUUUCAGAGAGGACAGAGUAAAAAUCUCCAGGGAUAUCUGUUUGUCUUUUGGCAGUGCCUGGCAAAUGCUUUAACGCUGUUCAAUAUUAAACAAUCUUGCUUGGGACUGGCAUUUAAGAAGUAACAAAAUAUGUUUGGUGGUGUUCUCUCAACUGAUGUCUCUUAGGUGCUGUUGCAAAGACCUGGGGCAUGGUUGAGAGGGAGAAACCAUUUUAAUUCUUGCAGAGAAUAAAUCUACCUCUCAUGAAUUGAAGAAUCAGCUGUAUAUCAGGAGAAUUGUUGAGACUGCAAGUAUUUGAGGGGGCAUUUAAUAUUAAAAUGCUGAUCAGAAGCCUCAGGCAGUGUGAGAAAUGUGCAGGGACAUUUGUGAUGAACGGGUCUGGUUUGGGUGUGCACUGCAGGGCUGUGCUCCACAAGGUGACAGAUCACACCCAGCAGCAGUGCAGCUCACCAAGGACCUGGAUGGGACAUCCACUUAAUUGUGCUUUAAAUAAAUCACCUCAUUGGUCUAUUAGCUAAAUCCAACCCCUUCUUUGUGGUAUGCUCAGAAGUGCACAUGAGUUAUUACAGUGGAAAGUGCUUUAAAAACACUAAUUGACUUUAUGUCAAGGGGGCUGAUUGUACAUCUCUGAACUAAUUCAAUUAAAUGGUGUAGGUGGUUUUAUUUUGGUUCUUAGCCAGUUUUGCUUCCAGCUCUUAUUCAGAGGAAUUUUUAACCUUAUUAAACUUAAAGAACAAACAGCAAUUUCUGUUGCUCUAGGCAUUUUGUUCCUUAAAAUUUUCCUUUACUAAAUACUGAAGCAAAUUUUUACAGGGCUGGUUUGCAUCACUUUGUACUGGUAUUUCUGAAUAGCAAUUUGUGAUUUUCUUUUUGAGAUUUAAAAAUAGUUUCAGAUGUAUUUUGGUUACUUCAGGGAAGAAAAAAAAAUCACAGAAAAUCAGUAGUUUUUAAGUACAUCUGCAUUGUACCAGCAGAAAGUGAAAACAUUAAUUAUUGUUUAAUAAACUUCAGCUGAAUGACAGAUAUGAUAAAAGCAAAGACGAAUAUUUCUGUGUUCUGAAACAAUGCUCCUUCCCCCUCUGCACCCAAAUGUUUUCUCCUAACAGUUUAUUCUUUCUUUUUCUCUAUGUAAAUA